AUGGGCAGCGACAUGAUGCUCGAUUCCGACUACGACGAGAAACGCCUGACGCCCAACGACGACCACGACAAUGUCGCCAUCAUCUCCCCCGACGACGCCGACAGCAUGGUCGAUGAUGCAGACGGGCCGAAUGAGCCCGCGUUACCGCUGGCGACCGACCACAAUGCGAUGAGGGAUCGCUUCUUGCCGGCGUAUCCGGAGUACGAGACGGAGGCAGAGGCGAUACACACGUGGGACAUCACGAAUUGGAGUAAACUUCCCAAACGAUCACAUGGACCGGUGUUUCAGUGUGCCGGACACCCAUGGCGGAUACUCUUCUUCCCCGCCGGCAAUCAGGCGUCAGAGAGCGUGUCCUUCUACCUCGAGCAAGGCUUCGAGAAUGAGAAGCCGCCGGAAGACUGGUAUGCAUGCGCGCAGUUCAUGCUCGUCUUGCACAACCCCAACGACCCAUCCAUAUAUAUCCAUCACGAGGCGAGUCAUCGUUUCACCGCGGACGAAGGGGACUGGGGCUUCACGCGGUUCGCGGACAAGAAUAGGAUCUUCGCUUCCAAGUUUGACGGCUCUGACCGACCGCUGGUGGAGAAUGACUGCGCGAAGAUGACAGCCUACGUGCGGGUACUGAAGGAUCCUACCGGCGUGUUAUGGCACAACUUCGUCAACUACGACAGCAAGAAGGAGACCGGCAUGGUCGGCUUGCGAAACCAGGGCGCAACAUGCUACCUGAACUCACUGCUGCAAUCACUAUACCUCACUGGCGCGUUCCGGAAAGCCGUCUACCAAAUACCGACCGCCACCGACCAGAUAGCUACCUCCAGCUCCGCCUACUCUUUGCAAAGACUCUUCUACCGCCUACAAGCCGACCCCGUCGCCGUCUCCACUCACGAACUCACCCAAUCAUUCGGCUGGGAUAAUCGACAGAUUUUCGAACAGCAAGACGUGCAAGAGCUCUCCCGCAUAUUGAUGGAGAAGCUCGAAACGCGCAUGAAGGGCACCGAGGCCGAGAACGCUCUCCCCAAUAUGUUCGUCGGGAAGAUGAAGACAUAUCUGAGGUGUAUCAACGUCGACUACGAAUCCAGCCGGAUCGAAGACUUCUGGGACUUGCAGCUCAACGUGUCCGGAUGCAAGAGCUUGGAUGACAGUUUCCGCAACUAUAUCGAGGUGGAGACGCUGGAAGGCGAGAACAAGUACAUGGCCGAAGGCUUCGGCCUGCAAGACGCGAAGAAGGGUGUCAUCUUCGAGAGCUUCCCGCAAGUGCUGCAUCUGCAGCUGAAGCGGUUCGAAUAUGACUUCCAGCGAGAUGCGAUGAUGAAGGUCAACGACCGAUACGAGUUUCCGGAGGUAUGGGAUGCCUCGCCAUAUCUCGACCCGGCGGCGGAUAUGUCGGAGCCGUAUGUGUACCACUUGCAUGGCGUGCUGGUGCAUUCGGGUGACUUGAACGCGGGCCACUACUAUUCCUUCCUGAAGCCCGAGAAGAAUGGCGAGUUCUUCCGCUUCGAUGACGAUCGAGUUACGCGCGCCACGAAGCGAGAGGCGAUUGAUGAUAACUUUGGCGGUGACUAUGCGCCCAAUCCGGUGAAUGGCGUGCAGAAGGGUCAGAAUCCGUAUACGCGACAGUGGUCUACGAAGCGUUCGAACAAUGCGUACAUGCUGGUGUAUAUCCGCGAGAGCCGACUCGAUCAGAUUCUGCCGGCGGGGAACGAUGUCCAGCCGCCGCCACAUCUCCCGCAACGGCUGGCUGAGGAGCGAGCGGCGGCCGAGCGGAAACGGAAGGAGCGCGAGGAGGCACAUCUGUAUAUGACGGUCAAUGUCGCGACAGAGGCACACUACAAAGCGUAUCAGGGCGUCGACCUAAUACCGUGGGGAGCGGAUGAGACCGAGCCGGCAGCGCCAAAGCAGUACCGAUUAUUACGCACCAUGACGGUCUCUGAGCUCACCGAAUUCGCGUGCAAGCAGUUUGAUCUCGAGAAAGACCUAGUCCAGCCAUGGAUCAUGGUCAACCGACAAAACGGCACCGUGCGACCCGACCAUCCGCUGAUUUGGGACGAUAUGACACUACAAGAAGCGGCGGACAAGUUCAGCACACGGACAGGCGGUUUCCGCAUCUUCUUGGAAGAGACAACACGAGACGAAGACGGCGCGCCAAUCUGGCCGAGCGAGGAACCACCGCCGGCGAAUGGCAACAUGCACCUGAACCCCCCGCAACCCGUCAAACCCAUCAUCAUCUUCCUCAAGUACUUUGACGUGGACAAGCAGCUCUUACGAGGCGUCGGACACGUCUACAUGAAACCGUGGGAGAAAGCGCAAGAUCUCGCCCCGCAUAUCCUCCGGAUGAUGCAGUGGGAAGAGGGCGUGCCGCUUGAGCUGUAUGAAGAGAUCAAACAGACUUACAUCGAGCGCAUGAAGCCCAAGAACACCCUCGUCGCCUCCGAAAUCCAAGACGGCGACAUCAUCUGCUUCCAACGCCACCUCACCGAACCCGAAGUAACAGCCCUUCGCCAAACCAACCCCACCGCCUGCCUCGAUGCAACAGCCUACUACGACUUCCUCGUGAACCGCAUCUUCGUCACCUUCACCCCAAAACAAUGGCCCCCACCAAACGCCGCCUUUCAAGUCCGUCACGAAGGCGCGGAGAAAUUCAGCAUAGCGUUAAGUAAGAAGGACAGCUACGACGCCAUGGCGCACAAAGUCGCCGAACAUCUGUCCUCCGUCAGCAGCACAACCCCGAUCGACCCUUCCCACCUCCGCUUCACCACCGUCAACGCCGCAAAAGGCACCCCGCGAUCCCCCGUCAAACGCCAAGCCGCGACCACCGUGGCCAACAUCCUCCUCGGCUCCGGAAGCGGUUACGGGUACAACGUCACCGCCGCCACCGUCCAAGCGCCCGACCAACUGUGCUACGAAGUCCUGGAGAUGAGUCUCACGGACCUCGAACAACGGAAGAACGUCCGGAUUGUCUGGCUCAGCGAGGGCAUCACCAAGGAAGAACCCUUCGAGUUCGCGCUGCACAAGCAGUCGACGUUUAGCGAUGUCCUGGCCGCGGUGGCGAAACGGGCGGGCCUGCCGGAGGAGGUGUGGGAGCAAGUCCGGUUUUACGAGGCGCAUGGCGGGAAGGUUUAUAAGGUCUUGUCGUUGGGGAUGGGGGUCGUGGCGUUGAACGAGUACAUGACCGUUUACGCCGAGCGCAUCCCGGAGGAGGAGCGGAACUUACUCUCACAGCGGUCUGCGGCUGGGAAGGAGGGGGGGCGGUUGGUGAAUUGUUUCCACUUCGAAAAAGAGCCUAGUAAAAGCCACGGCACGCCUUUCAUCUUCGUGUUGAGGGAGGGCGAGGUCUUCCGGGAGACGCGGGAGCGGUUGAGCAAGCGCACGGGGAUCAAGGGGAAGAAUCUGGAGAAGGUCCGCUUUGCCGUUGUCAAGGGGGGGCAGAAUUAUAGCCGGCCCGUUUGGUUGGAGGAUGAUGACAUAACGACGGAGAAGCUAGGCCCGGACGACCAUUUGGGCCUCGAACACCCGAACCGGCAGCGGAGUAAUUGGGUGCGGUAUGAGAGUUUGAAUAUCCGGUAG